UGCGUGCGGUGGUGCGUCUGGUAGCCGGAGAAGAUGGCGGUGUCCACAGGAGUUAAAGUUCCUCGUAAUUUUCGCUUGUUGGAAGAACUUGAAGAAGGACAAAAAGGAGUAGGUGAUGGUACUGUUAGCUGGGGCCUUGAAGAUGAUGAAGACAUGACACUUACAAGGUGGACAGGCAUGAUUAUUGGGCCACCAAGGACAAACUAUGAAAACAGAAUAUAUAGCCUGAAAGUAGAAUGUGGAUCUAAAUACCCAGAAGCUCCUCCAUCAGUUAGAUUUGUAACAAAAAUUAAUAUGAAUGGAAUCAAUAAUUCCAGUGGAAUGGUGGAUGCACGGAGCAUACCAGUAUUAGCAAAAUGGCAAAAUUCCUAUAGCAUUAAAGUCAUACUUCAAGAGCUAAGACGUCUUAUGAUGUCCAAAGAAAAUAUGAAACUUCCACAGCCUCCAGAAGGACAGACGUACAACAACUAACUUUAGUGGAUCUCAAACUUGUCUUAAAUCAGCAACCUUCUACUCAUGUUAA